UCUCCACCUUCGUUUUCUAUCUCUGCUUCUCUUCUGGAUGGAUGCAAACUCACAUUCUGUUUCACCAGAAUUGUCUCUGCUUGGCCACAUGACUAACAAUUUGGCUAUUGCCCAAACUGGAUUCUCUCCUUCAUGUGCUUUAUGUCAUAGAUUGUUCAUAUCAGAUAAUGAUGCUGCUGACUUUGAAGCUAUAAAUAUAUGUGGUGAUUGUAAAUUCUUACUCCUGGAGGAUCUUGGGACACCCAUGCGAGAUUAUCAAAGGUUGUACACCAGUUCCCGGACCACUCCAAGUGAGUCUAGGAGGUGGAGGAGGGUUCAUUCCGACGCCGAAGGUGAUGGUGUUGAUUCUCUCUUUGGGGAGACUGAAUCAAAUGUCACCAUCAGUGGAUAUAGGAACUUUAAUAGUGAAAUUGACUCCAUCUCUUAUGGAGGGAACUCUGAUGCUUCUGUUGAUGGUAAUAGUUACCUUGAUAAUGAUCAUUCUUCUCACUCAGAUGAAGGGAGUGACUUUGAGACUGAUACUGAUACUGAUAUUGACCCCAUGCAUGCUGGUAUCUAUAAUUGGAACUCUGAUAAUGAAUGGGAGGAGGUUGAUACUGAUGCACUACACUCUGUGGGUGCUAGAGCUCAACUACCAAGGUCAUUACACCUAAAUCCUGGAAAUUGGCAAGGACAAUUUCUUUCUUCUGAAUAUCUGGGUACAGUUCAUUUCAGAAUUCCCGAGGGCAGUCAAAGACUUGUUACUGACCACUCACAUGAGUUAGAACAAUUCCAACAGACUGAUGCUACUGACUAUCUUGAUGCUACAACUUUUGAGGAGCAUCUCGCUGAAACAGAUGGUUUAAGAAGAGGAGCACCACCUACAGCUGUCUCUGUUUUAAAUGAUCUGCCGUGUUUGGUUGUUAAAGAAGACCACGAACAGCUGGACAGUUUGUCUUGUGCAAUCUGCAAGGAUUCUCUUUUUGUUGGCACAGUUGUAAACCGACUUCCUUGUUCUCACUUGUAUCACCCCUCCUGUAUUUUUCCUUGGCUAGCGUCAAGAAACUCGUGCCCUCUCUGCCGCUAUGAACUUCCAACUGAUGACCUGGAUUAUGAGCACAGAAAGCAAAGGGCCAGUAAUUUGGUGAUACAUCGAAACCCACAGCAUGAAAUAAAUGAAGAUGGAUCUCCAGAUAGCAGUGACAGUGAAAAUGAUGAAUUUGGUUACAGUAGAACAGAAUCAGGAGAAGUGAUCCAUAAUGAGGCUGUCAAUCAACAAUCUAGUAGUGAGGGUGCACGAGGAAGAUGGUUUCUUGCAGCUGCUGCUCCUGUUGUUGGAGUCCUUCUGAUGUUCUGGUUAGGAAACCCGUUGAUGGAGAGGAGCCUUAGUCUCCCUAUAUUCUGUUCACAAGGGAGACGUACUAAUCAGCCUUUGCCCUCUCAGCAGGUUAAUAACAAUGGCAGGAGAUGGUGGUCUCUGUUUUAACUUUUUAAAUGUCUGUUUUAUGAUGUUUCAGAUUGGUAAAGAUUUAAAAAAUCAGUAAAGAACCAAUUUGAGGCAUCAUUUAGGUUGUAUGUUGUGAACACACCUCUGUUUGUAUUUAGAUUUUGGCAAACUGUCUCAUCUUUAU